CUGGCAGGGUCAGUCCCCUACCAGAUCCUUGGACCAUGGCUGUGUGGGGCCUGGGAGGUCGCCUUGGCUUGCGCGGGUGCCUCGGCGCCCGCAAGCUAUUGUGUCCCCGUUUCCAGAGCCGCGGCCCCCAGGGCGUGGAAGACGGGGACAGACCAAGGCCUUCCUCGAAGACACCCAAGCUCCCCAAGAUCUACACCAAAACAGGAGACAAAGGGUUUUCCAGCACCUUCACCGGAGAAAGGAGACCGAAAGAUGACCAGGUGUUUGAAGCCGUGGGAACUACAGAUGAAUUAAGUUCAGCCAUUGGGUUUGCUAUGGAAUUAAUUGCAGAAAAGGGCCACCCGUUUGUGGAAGAGCUUCAGAAAAUCCAAUGCUCCCUGCAGGACGUCGGCUCUGCACUGGCAACACCGCGCUCCUCAGCCAGGGAGGCUCACUUAAAACAUGCCACGUUCGAGGCAGGGCCCAUCCUGGAGCUGGAGCAGUGGAUCGACAGAUACUCCAGCCAGCUGCCCCCGCUCACGGCUUUCAUCCUGCCUUCCGGAGGCAAGAGCAGCUCCGCACUGCAUUUCUGUCGGGCCGUGUGCCGCCGAGCUGAGAGACGCGUGGUGCCUCUUGUCCAGUCCGGUGAGACGGAUGCAGACGUGGCCAAGUUCUUAAACAGACUCAGUGACUAUCUCUUCACGUUAGCCAGAUACACAGCCAUGAAGGAGGGGAAUCCAGAAAAAAUAUACAAGAAAAAUGACUUGUCGGUCCAUGCCUGAGGCGCUUGGAAAUAAUGGAAAAACGGAGCUUUGCAGACUCCUCCACAGUGACAACGGGAAAGGAAGACUUUGCCCUCGUGUCCUGAUUCCUGAAGAUCUCACCCAGAGGGGCCAGAAGCUGGUCUUUUGUCCAGACUCCGCUUCCUUUCAGGGCCCCCCACUUCCUUCAGGAGCUGAGGCCGGUGGAGAAUUCUAGCCCCCUCCCCUGGGCUCUCCUCAGCCUUCCAAAAAAGAAUAAAAGUGGGAAAGGCUUGAGGGUGUGUGUGUGGGGUGUGUGUGUGUGGGUGUGUGUGUGUGUGAGAGAGAGAGAGAGACAGAUGCCCUCCACUGGCAGCUCAUUUGGAAUGGUACCAGAGGCCCUUGGAAAUGUAAUUGUGAUUUACCUCUGCCAAAGGGGCUUUAAAAUGUCACAUUUAUAAAGAGUAAGGCAGACAGGAUUUGGAGUUUAGUCACCUCUGAGCCACUCAUCAAGGGGGAAGGACGGCUGCAGACUGACAGGCGAGGCCUCGGAAACACUUGGACUGAAGUGCAUGUGUGGCGAGGGUGCAGCCCGGAGAAUCUUCUCUAAAGGGGAGCCUUCCUCCAUCAAGGGACGGACAUCCCCGGGAGAGGAACACCACCACUUUAAUGAGGGCAUGUCCUGCCCGGGCAGGUGGCAUCCAGGGUCAGAGGUGAACUGCGUUCAGCUUCAGACUAUAAGCUCUUAUGUUUCCAGCGAGGCUGACGCAGACCAGACCUACUUCUCUGACGUUGCACUUGGCUGGUUUAUGCCUCUGAGAUCUGGGCCACAGCUGUAUUUUAUUUCAGUUGUCACUGCUGCUCCCUCCCGCUAGGAAGUGACCCUGCCAGUGCCAGCUGUGUCCUUGGGAAGGGGGAUAUUUAUGAAGGGCGAGGAGGCAGCCCUGAGAACCUGAAGACUCCACACCACUAACUGCAGGAAACAACUUGGGAAGGGCAGGCUCUCACUAACUGUCAGGGCAGAAACGCCCAGUGAACUCCAUCCAGCCAUCAUUUAUUAGCCUGAAGCUCGGAAGUCUGGUCCCUCCAGCCAUCCUUGCCAGCAGUUAGGAAACAUUAAAAUGAUGAGUUUUGUGCUA